GCGCCCGCCCCGCCGCACGGCCGGGGAGCAGCCCGCUGUCCUGUGUCCUGCUGUCCUGUGUCCUGCUGUCCUUCUGCUCCUGUGUCCCCCUGUCCCGGUGUCCCGGCACGGAGGAUUCUUCUGCCUAAAUCCUUCUUUGGAUCCUGGGCUGCAGCCAGGAGAAAUCUGGACCAUCCUGUGGAAAACAGUGUUGGAAGCACACAGGGAGCAGAGGCGUGAGGAGGCUGGAAUUCCAUGAGCAGUGACGGCCAGGAUGGGGCUGCUCCGGCGGGCGCUGGCCGCAGCCGUUCUCCCGCUCCUCGUCCUGCCAGGAAUUUGGGUUUCAGCUGAGAACAUCAACUUCCACAACAUCAGGCCUCCCCUGGACCCCACUCCAUUCCCAAACAGCUUCAAGUGCUUUACCUGUGACAACGCUGUGGACAACUACAACUGCAACAGAUGGGCUGAGGACAGGUGGUGUCCUGCAAGCGCUCGGUACUGCCUGACUGUUCACCUGUUCACAGCCCGGGGCGAGAGCACCUCGGUCACCAAGAAAUGUGCCACGGGCGAGGAGUGUCACCUGGUGGGCUGCCACCGCCUCGGGGACGGCGGCCACACGGAGUGUGUUUCCUGCUGUGAGGGCAUGAUCUGCAACGUGGAGAUCCCCACCAACGCCACCAACGCGGUGCUGGCCGUGCUGCAGGCGCGCCGGGCCGGGGGCGGCCGGGCCCUGCCCAGCCUGGCCCUGCCCAGCCUGGCCCUGCUGGUGGCAGCGGUGACAGUGGCACUGUCCUGACCCAGCAGCCCCAGGCAGAGCUGCUGGCACUGUCCCCGAGCCCCCAGGAUCUCCAGGGGGAAGCCACGGACGUUCCUCCAUGGCGGCGCGUCCUCAGCUCCGUGGAUAUUUUAAUGGGAAUCCUUCCCUGUCAGGGUUGGAAAUCCACCCCACAAAAACCCUCUGCUGGGCUGGGUGGGGCUCAAGUCUUCAUCUCCUGUUUUCUGAGGAAAAUACACGUUCUCUUGGUUUUUUGGACAGAGCUGUGACAACCACGGUCAAAAGGAGCUUCGGAUGGAUGAUGCGGGAAGGUGGAAAGUGGAUUUCAACUUCUUACGUGCAGAAACAACACAAAGUUUAUUUUCUUAGCAAAAUGUGUUUGAGCUUUUCUUGAUUUCAUAGAGAACACCUCUGGUUUUCAUAGAGGUUGGCUUUUUUCUGCUUGAUCACAGCUCUCAUUUAUCCUGGCCAUAAUACAAAAUUAAAUAUUUUCUUUCUCCCAUUUUAAACUUAAAAAUCCCGUCGGAGCACCCAGAGCAGAAUUCCUGAUCUUCCAAACCUGAGGGAUUAUUUCCUUGCAAUUGAGUCACACUUCAGAAUAUCAGAAAAAUAUCAUUUUUGAGAUAUCACAACUUUGAAAUCACAGCUAUACUCAAGCAGCUUCAUUAUCCUAAAAAUUCCUAAAUAAGAGAUUCACUCUUGAUUUGCACAGGUUUUUCCCAGAAAUAUUAUUUUCCUGAUGGAUGUUUUCAUGAAGGAUGGAUCACUUAAACUGACUCAAAAAACAGAUUUGGAACCAUUCCCUAAAAAAUUGAAAUAACUACAGAUUUGGCUUCUUUUACAUCAAUAUUUUCGUAAUCAUUUGCUGGUUUAUGUCACUAAUUAUAUUUAGCUGUAAAACAGAUUUUGAAAUAUUUCCAGGCUUGUUGACAUUGCAGAAUUUCCUCCACAAUAUUCUUAGAAAGCAAGUUUUAAUCGUUUGGAUUUGCUAUUGCAAAUUUGGGAUUAUUUUUAAUGGGCAGUUGAAUAUGCAAAUGUUAAUGCAAGGCACAAAGAGGCACUUGGUAGAAAAAAUAUGGAAUUUAAGAGGGAAUAUCAAUUUUUCCCCUUGCUCCAUCCUUUUUUUUAUGGAAAACCCUGCUUGGAUUUGAUGUUAAAUGCUGAUUUUGUAGGAAAAAAGCAUUAAAAAUCAUCAUAUUUUUGGUAUGUUUUGUACAGAAAUCUGACCUUAACUUAUGGCAGAAUUUUUACAUUAAAUAUUUCCAGGUAUCAGCUGAACUUUCUGUUCAGGUCUCUGUCUAAAGAAAUUUAAAAAGUAUUAUUGGGUUGGAUAAAACCAAUUUUCAGUGAUGUCUUUAUGGCAAUUUCGGUUCAGAUGUUGUCAUUUAAAUGCAGAUCUGUAAUUUAAAUUCCUGAUGCUGUAAUUUGAAUAUAUAUUCAACUUUUCAUUUGAUAAAACCAAUUUCCAGUGAUUUUUUUUUAAAUCUCAGUUUGGGUUCAGAUGUUGUAAUUUAAAUUACAGAUGUUGCAAUUUAAAUAUAUUGAACUUUUGAUUUGAUAAAACCAAUUUUCAGUGAUGUCUUUAUGGCAAUUUGGGUUUGGAUAUUGUCAUUUAAAUACAAAUUUGUAAUUUAAAUUCCAGAUGUUGUACUUUAAAUAUACUCAACUUCUCAUUUAAUAAAACAAAUUUCCUGUGUUUUUUAAAUCUCAGUUUGGGUUCAGAUGUUGUAAUUUAAAUUACAGAUGUUGUAAUUUAAAUAUAUUCAACUUUUCAUUUGAUAAAACCAAUUUUCAGUGAUGUCUUUAUCUCAGUUUGGGUUCACAGAUAUAAUUGAAACAUGUUCCAAUUUUCAUUUGAUAAAACCAAUUUCUAUGAUGUUUUUAUUUCAGUUUAUGUUCACUGAUGUUGUAAUUUAAAUAUACUCACCCCAGAACUUUGGGAAUGACAUUUCUGUAAAUCCAUAAAUUUUUGAACCUGAAAAUAAUUCAGAAAUAAUGGUAAAUCCACCCACUUGUGCAGAUAAAUUUAUUUUUUAUGAUAUAAAUUUGUGUAAUAUGAUUUUUAUUUGCAUUGCACUGGACAGCCUACAGUAGGUUUAUUUUUAAAUCUUAAAUCUUGGUAAAUUCUUGAUUAUUCAUUUCUUAUUGCUGUGUAACUGCUUUCAACCUUCUCCAGAAAUGGCACUUUUAAUAAAAAAUAUUCAAAUUUUUUUUU